GGGUAAAAGUUUUUUGAUGUUAAAACUGCAUAAACGACGAGGUUUAAUAGUACGGUUCGCAAGUGAUUCUGUCGCCAUUUUGGUGUGUAUGUCGUGUGAGCGUAUGUGUGUGUAAAAAUAGCCAUUUGAAAAGGGGAUGUCGAGGCCAAAGAGAAACAAUGCCAAACUUUUUAGUUAAAACAGACAGUGCUAAGUAGUAUUUCAAUCCAUUAAUUACAACAAUUUCAAAGUAGGUAAAACUAUAUCCUGCGAAAAGUGCUACGUUUCCUUUAGUUUUGUGAGCCCAUAUAUGUACAUAAUUUUAUGUACGAAAAUCGAAAAUGUCUAGCAGAGACGCAGGUGAAGACAAGUUGGCGCAGCAACAGUCGCAGCUGAAACAACAACAGCAAUUAGUUUUCAGUAACAAUGCAAUUGCUAACAUAAAUAUGAGUGGAUUUAGUUCUUUCGACAGCGAUUCUCUGCCCGAAUGUUCAGAGUUUGAUUCAGAAUCGGUUACUUUGGAUUACUUCAAAGAAAGCUCGCGACGCCCCUCACCAUCAAAAAUGGCGCCCACAACAACUAUUGAAACAAUAACAAUCACAAGGCCACUCAAGGUCAUUGCAUUUAUAUGCGGUGUCAUCGUUGUGAUACUGAUGAUUAUGGCAUUAGCUUCCACGGACUGGUUAAUGGCUGCUGGCUGGCGCCAGGGUCUCUUUGUGCACUGCAUUGAGGAGGAUGUUGAUUCACCGUUGCCAUUCAACUUGCACGAUCCGCCUGGUUGUUAUGCCAGUCGAGAUGUGGCUUACAUCAAGGCUACUGCCGCUUUAUGCAUAAUCACAUUGAUAACAGACGUUAUUGCCACCAUACUCACUGGACUGGGUUUGCGAACACAGAAUCACAAUGUGAAAUACAAAUUCUACAGAAUUGCUGUGCUGGUGAUGCUGUUGUCAUUACUGGCUGUUUUGUCUGCACUUAUAAUAUAUCCUGUAGGCUUUGCCGGAGAACUCAAUUUGGCGAAUCGGCCGAUUUGGGAAUUCGGUUGGGCCUAUGGUGUUGGCUGGGGUGCAGCUAUCUUCCUGUUUGGAGCCGUUGUGCUACUGCUAUGCGAUAAGGAGUCGGAGGAGAUCUAUUAUAAGGAGAGAAAAAUUGUACAUGAAAACCAAAUGCGCGCCUAGGCCAGGCCGCACGACCUGCCUGACGUCGUUCUUUAGAUAUUUAAGUAAAUUAUGCGAUUUCUACUGAUAUAAUACUACUAACUACUACUAUUACAAGAACAACAAAACAAAAAAACUAAAUUCAACAACAUCAAACCGUAAACAGUAGGAAAUGAAAGCAAGCAAAAAGCAAAGAAACUAAAACAAAAAAUAACAAUAACGAACAAGAAGAAGAGGAAAGCAAAAAUAGUAAAAAGAGUUAGAACUUCUGUAAUAUUGUCAUCAUUGCCGUCAACCAGAAAACAAUACUACAAACACACAGUGAAAAAAUGAAGGAGCGCAGUUAAAAACAAAGCAAAAUCCGAUCGAAAAAAAAUUAAAACCAGCCCCAAUCAAUACAUAUACAAACAUACAACCAAAAUACACAUACACGCGCAUCAAAUGAUAAUCGCCCACUGUCACGCAUACUUACGGCAGUAAUAAAAUUUGGCUUUUCAAUAUCCCAAAGCAUAUUAACAAAAAAAAGAAUAAAAAUAAUAACAAGUAAAAUGAAAAAACAACAACAAAAGCUAUAUAAGUCAAAGGCACAUUUGAUAUUUAAUAAGCAAACGCAGAAAAUUGUAGUACACUUGCAUACAUACAGGUGCUUGUGAAAAUCUGAUUACCGUUAUAUUAAUAAUACAUACAUACAUACGUGCAUAUCAAACUGAAAUAUUACACAGAACUGAACAACUUAGUUCCAAUUAAUGGCGCAUUUCAACAUAUUAUUGACACGCAUUGAUGGCGACGUUUCACGCAAACAUAUAUACAAACAUACAUGGCUACUCGAAACACGCAAACACUCAUACAUUUGUCAUACAUUUGGGUGAAUGCAUUUUUAUAAUCACUUUUACAAGUCCAUACAUAUACCUACUACAUAAAAGCAUACAUGUAUUCAUGGUGAUCGUAUUUAACCGUUUAGCACUGCAUACGUAUAUACCUACAAGCAUAUAUCUAUAUAUACAUGUAUUAAUCGUACAUAUACAUAUGUAUUCAUUGUUUCCAUUCUCUUCAAAUAUACAUACACACACAUAUAAAUAUAUAACAUAAUGUCACACAUAUGUAACUGCUUGACAAACCUUUUAAUCAUCCUUAAAUCAUCCACACUUCGUUCCACAAUCCCACAAUUAUUAUUUUUUGUUUGCUUUUUUUUUCAUAUCCAUAUCGGUGUAAACUCCAUACGAAAUAAAGAAAAUUAAGUAAAUGAA